UCCCACAUAGGGGAAACCAAGUCUACUGAUCCAGAAACUGCAUUUAUGUUCAUUAUUUCAGAUGUUUGCAUUGUGGUUUAUGGAUGAGAAGUUGAUGCAAACAAAACAACACGUGCAGUGCUCAAUACUGAAACUUACCGCAAGUCUGCAGAAAACCGGGAUCAACACUGCUGAGGAAACUGAAUGUGAAGCCGUUCGCUGGAUAUAGGUCUGAAGACCCUCAAACGUCAUCAUCAAGAUCACCUCUCCAAGUCCAGAACUCAUCCAUCAUGAGUCACUUACCCUCUGCAUUACUGAGGGGGCUCUCUCUCUUGCUGGUGUCCCAGAGUGUGUUUGCCAUGGUGCUAUUGAACGCCACCGAUCUGGGAAUUCUCCUGGAGAAGUAUCUGGAUGAUGAUGAUGGAGACAGGGCAGUGGCGAAACAGCGAGGCAAGAGGGCUAUCACAGCUAGUGAUAUGCAGGCUAUCCUGGACCUACACAACAAACUCAGAGGGCAGGUCUACCCACCAGCUUCAAAUAUGGAAUACAUGGUAUGGGACACUGAACUGGAGCGGAGUGCUGAGGAAUGGGCUGAAACCUGCUUGUGGGAGCAUGGCCCCGCUGGCCUGCUGCCUCAGAUUGGACAGAACCUGGGAGUGCACUGGGGAAGGUAUCGUCCACCUACUUCUCAUGUUCAAGCCUGGUAUGAUGAGAUCAAAGACUACUCUUUUCCAAACCCGCAGGAAUGUAACCCUUACUGCCCUUUUAAGUGCAGUGGUCCAGUCUGUACCCACUACACUCAGCUUGUUUGGGCGACUAGUAGUCGAAUUGGAUGUGCAAUCAAUGUGUGCUACAACAUGAAUGUGUGGGGCCAGAUCUGGGCAAAAGCUGUGUACCUCGUGUGCAACUACUCACCAAAAGGGAACUGGUGGGGAUAUGCCCCAUAUAAACAUGGCAUCCCUUGCUCUGCCUGCCCACCCAGCUAUGAAGGAGUGUGCAAAGAAAACCUCUGUUAUAAAGGUGAAGGGACAAAUAGACAAAGUCCACAUGAGGAAACUGAGGAAAGAAACUCUGUAGAACCAGAGGCCCCUCAUAGACCUGGACCCCGUUUACGUGCCCCAAAUACAGUUGUGAGCAAAGAGCAUAUGUCCCAGAUUGUGACGUGCGACACAAAGCUGAGAGACCAGUGUAAAGGCACCACAUGUAAAAGGUACGAGUGUCCUGCUGGUUGUUUAGACAGCAUGGCAAAAGUGGUUGGAACAGUGUAUUAUUACAUGCAUUCCAGUAUUUGCCGGGCAGGAAUUCAUCAUGGUGUUAUUAACAAUGAUGGAGGCUGGAUGGAUGUCACAAGACAAGGCAGAAAGGAAUUCUUCAUUAAAUCAUACAAAAAUGAAGUUCAGUCUCUUGGGAAAUACCAGAGUGCCAAUGCUUUCACAGUGUCAAAAGUGACAGUAAAAGUUAUCACAUGUGCAACUACAGUUUCUGUGCUAUGUCCUUACCAAAAGCCUGCAUGGCACUGUCCAAGGAUUUACUGUCCUCGGGACUGCUUGCAAGAAAGUCCUCACCUGUCCCGAGUCAUUGGUACCACAAUUUAUUCAGAUAAAUCUAGUAUAUGCCAGUCAGCAAUUCAUGCCGGUGUCAUAAACAACGAAUUAGGUGGUUACAUUGACGUGAUGCCCAUCGACAACAGGAAGCUGUACAUUUCAUCAUACCAGAAUGGCAUAUUAUCAGAAAGUCUGCAGAACCCCGCAGGAGGCAAGGCAUUCAGAGUAUUUGCCAUUAUAUGAGUGUGUGCUGAAACUGUGGUCACUCAUCAACUGUCGAAUAGGCUGUAAUCAUGCCCAUUGUGAGGGCUGUUCUGCUCUAAACCACAUAUAUAUAUAUUUCCUUUCACACAAAUGUUGACUGAACUAAGUAUUUGCUGUAUAGACGGAGAGCCCCUUCAAUGCAUCAAGUUGAUUAGCCAUUGUCUUACCUAAAAUGUAUGUAAUUAGAUGAUCAUUCAGGGAAUAUGGUGUCUCUAUUGCAAACAAAAGCUCUUAAGAGGAUUUAAUCUUUCAAUAUAUUCACUAAGCACAUUUCAGUGAGUGUUAUAUGUAUGAUAGCUUUUAGCUAUAUUACAUGUUGAAUAUGCCUCUAGUUCUCACUCAUUCAUUGUAUUCUUCCUUUUUUUUUUCAUGUAUUUCUUUUAAUAAUUUUAUUUGAUUUAGGGCAAGAAAGGACUGCUGAUAAGAGUUUGACAU